UCAACAAGCACCACGUCAUUUCACCGGGAUGUAAAAAAUAUCAAAACAAAUAACCUGGCGACAAAUUUUCCUCGCCUUUUCCGUACGUGUAUUUUCUGAUGCAAACCAGUGAGUGAGAAAGAAGUUGCACGUGUUGAAUCAUUCUUUAUUGCCGUCUGGUCCUUCAUCGUACCGUCGAAAUUCUAACCAGUCAGCUGCCCAUCCCGAUACUACAAUCAUGAGCGAUUUCCAAACCUGGUACAAACAGGUACCGCCGUUUACGCGGAUCUGGCUGACGGCAACCGUCGGCAUAUCGCUGCUGGCCAAAAUUGGUCUCCUACCGAUCAGCUAUCUCAUCCUGCAGUCUGCACCAUUCUUCUACAAACUACAGCUAUGGAGGCCUAUGACGGCGGUCCUGUUCUACCCGCUGAACCCGGCGACAGGGUUCCAUUUUAUGAUGAACUGCUACUUCCUGUACAACUACUCCCUGCGGCUAGAGUCGGACCACUACAAACAAAAGCCGGGAGACUACUUUUUCAUGCUCUUUUUCAACUGGAUCCUGUGUGUGAUCGUCGGACUGGUGAUGGACCUUCCCAUACUGAUGGACCCGAUGGUGCUUUCGGUGCUGUACGUCUGGUGCAAACUGAACCAAGACGUGAUCGUAACCUUCUGGUUCGGAACGCGCUUCAAGGCGAUGUACCUGCCGUGGGUGCUGCUCGGCAUGAACAUGAUCCUUUCGUCAGGAAGCAUAUUCUCGCUGGUGGGCAUCUUCGUGGGCCAUGCGUACUAUUUCCUCAAGUUUAGCUAUCCGAGCGAACUCGGUGGGCCGGCCCUGAUCGAGACGCCGUUCUUCAUCAAGCGUUACUUCCCGGAUGUUCAGGGUGGCACGCAUGGAUUCGGUGUUCCGCCGGUCGGGCAGCGGCCAGUGCAGCAGCAGCAGCAAGGCGAUAUGGCUGGCUUCCGCCAUGCUUGGGGCGUUGGUCAUACGCUUGGGCGUAACUAAAUUGUCCGUGUAAUGGAGUGCUGUUGUACAUAGACCAACGAGAAAACCUGUGAGCUGCAUAAUGCUUUCGGAUAGGGGAAAAUGAAACACCGUUGUCGUCAAUAUGUCGUCGUUGUCGUCGUAUCUUCUCAAGCUUUGCUGUGGCUGCGGAAAGUCUUUUUUGCGUUUAUUUCGUUAAGUACACUCAAACACUAGCAGACAGUCGGGAGAAGGGCUCGGAAAUGUCGUCUUUUUUCUAAUAUAAUAAAUAUUUAAUCUGAACUAAA